AUGCACGGAGGGCGGAGUCGCGGCCCGAGGACGCGACGCGAGCCCAGUUCCGGCGAGGAGGCCGCGCCAGUGACAGCGAUGGCGGCGGAGUCGGCGCUCCAAGUUGUGGAGAAGCUGCAGGCGCGCCUCGCCGUGAACUCGGACCCCAAGAAGCUAUUGAAAUAUUUGAAGAAACUCUCUACUUUGCCGAUUACAGUAGAUAUUCUUGCGGAGACCGGAGUUGGGAAAACAGUAAACAGUUUGCGAAAACACGAGCACGUAGGAAGCUUUGCCAGAGAUUUGGUGGCCCAGUGGAAGAAGUUGGUUCCUGUGGAACGGAACACUGAGCCUGAAGAACAAGACUUUGAGAAGAGUAAUUCCCGAAAACGUCCCAGGGAUGUUCUUCAGAAGGAAGAGGAGAUGGAAGUGGACUACCAAGAAAACUGGAAAGCCUCUGGUAGUCGAUCCUACAGUCCUGACCACAGACAGAAAAAACACAGAAAACUUGCAGAGCUUGAGAGACCCCACAAAGUCUCUCAUAAUCAUGAGCGGCAAGAUGAAAGAAAGAGGUACCACAGAGUCUCACCAGCUUACUCUUCAGACCACGAGUCUUCUGACUAUGGCCAUGUCCAGUCCCCCCCAUCUUCUAGCAGCCCCCAUCAGAUGUGUGUGGACCAUUAUAGAUCCCCAGAUGAGGAUCACGAGCCCAUUGUUCUACACCAGAAGCCUGCAAAAGGUCACAGUAAUACCUUUCAGGACAGACUGGGGGUCAGUCAAGAACGACACUUGGGUGAAUCCCAGAGUAAAGCGGUGGUGAGUCAAAGCAAAGAGUACAGAUCUUCCCACAAGGAAAAACGCUUAGCGGAUACCAAGAGAGAUGAGAAGACCUCUGCUCUGAGCACAGAGAAGUCAGACAAGGCCAUUUCCAAAGAGGAAAACCGAAGGCCACUCACAGGCGAUGGCACAAGGGAGAAAGCAGCGUCAGCUGGUGCCAAGAAAGAGAGGGAAAGAGAAGGCAGCAGCCUCAAGAAGAAGUUUUUACCCCCAUUAGAGGUGGCUUCUGACAACCACCUAAAAAAGCCAAAGCACAGAGACUCAGAGAAAACCAAAUCCGACAAAAAUAAGUCAAGUUUUUUAGACAACUCAGACAUAGGAAAAGGGGCUGGAGACCUAUUGCCCAAGGUAAAAGAGAAGGUUCCCAACAAUCUAAAGACUCAAGAAGGGAAACUAAAAACUCCCAAUCUGGAUAAAAAGUCAGUGGGCUCCCUCCCUAAAGUUGACGAGGCAGAUAUGGAUGACGAAUUCGAGCAGCCCACCAUGUCUUUUGAAUCAUACCUCAGUUAUGACCAGCCCCGGAAGAAAAAGAAAAAGAUUGUGAAAACUUCAACCACUGCACUUGGAGGUAAAGGACUUAAGAAAAGUGAUUCUAAAAGCACUAGUAAGAACUUGGACUCAGUUAAGAAAUUACCUAAGGUGAACGAAAACAAAACCGAGAAGUUGCGACAGUCUGGAGCCGACUCAGCCAAGCUGAAGAAGAUCCCCAGUGAUGUAUUGCCAGUGUUGCCAGACCUCCCAUUACCCACGAUACAGGCCAAUUACCGUCCACUGCCUUCCCUGGAGUUUAUGUCCUCUCUACAACCAAAGCGAAAAGUGCUCUCUUCACCCCAGGAAGAGGAAGAAGCUGGAUUUACUGGACGUAGGAUGAAUUCUAAGAUGCAGGUGUAUUCUGGUUCCAAGUGUGCCUAUCUCCCCAAAAUGAUGACCUUGCACCAGCAGUGCAUCCGAGUUCUGAAAAACAACAUCGAUUCAAUCUUCGAAGUGGGAGGAGUCCCAUAUUCUGUUCUUGAGCCUGUUUUGGAGAGGUGUACGCCUGAUCAGCUAUAUCGCAUUGAGGAAUACAAUCAUGUGUUAAUUGAAGAUACAGAUCAAUUAUGGAAAAUUCACUGUCACCGAGACUUUAAGGAAGAAAGACCAGAAGAGUAUGAGUCUUGGCGGGAGAUGUACCUGCGGCUUCAGGAUGCCCGAGAGCAGCGGUUACGAUUACUGACAAAGAACAUCCGUUCUGCACAUGCCAAUAAGCCCAAAGGCCGACAAGCAAAGAUGGCCUUUGUCAACUCUGUGGCCAAGCCACCUCGAGACGUCCGGAGGAGGCAGGAGAAGUUUGGAACAGGAGCAGCAGUUGUUCAUGAGAGAAUCAAGAUUAAGCCGACUCCAGACUUCACAGGAAGUAGUCAUGUUUCCUUCAGCAGCAACAGCUUUAACCCGUCCACUGAUGAGCCAGCUUACGAUGGCCCAAGCACCAGCAGUGCCCACCUGGCACCAGUGGUCAGCAGCUCUGUUUCCUAUGAUCCUAGAAAACCAGCUGUGAAGAAAAUUGCUCCAAUGAUGGCCAAGACGAUUAAAGCUUUCAAGAACCGAUUCUCCCGACGAUAA